AUGCAGUUCGAGGCUCGCGACCCGGAAAACUUGUCUAUCCAAGAGUCGGAGAUCGCAUAUCUCCACCGUACCGCGCGCGAGAUUUGCAUCUCGCAGCCCAUCGUCCUCGAGCUCGAAGCCCCCAUCAAGAUAUGCGGCGACAUCCACGGCCAGUACUACGAUCUCCUCUGCCUCUUCGAAUACGGCGGUUAUCCACCGGAAGUGAACUACCUCUUCCUGGGCGACUACGUCGACCGCGGCAAGCAGUCGAUUGAAUACAUCUGCCUGCUUUUGGCCUACAAGCUCAAAUACCCUGAGAGCUUCUUGAUCCUGCGCGGGAACCACGAGUGCGUCUCCAUCAACCGCAUCUACGGCUUCUACGACGAGUGCAAGCGCCGCUACAGCGUCAAGGUCUGGAAGACGUUCAUCGAUUGCUUCAACUGCCUGCCCAUUGCGGCGAUCGUCCACGACAAGAUCUUCGGCACGCAUGGCGGCCUCAGUUCCGAUCUGAAUUCGAUGGAGCAGAUUCGUCGCAUCAUGCGUCCGACGGAUAUUCCCGACUGCGGCCUCCUAUGCGAUCUCCUCUGGGCCGACCCAGACAAGGAUAUCACAGGAUGGAGCGAGAAUGAUCGCGGGGUGUCGUUUACGUUCGGGCCCGAUUUCGUCACUCGUUUCACCCAAAAGAACGAUAUCGAUCUGAUUUGCCGCGCGCAUCAGUGUGUGGAAGAUGGGUAUGAGUUCUUCGCCAAGCGGAAGUUGGUGAUGCUGUUCAGUGCGCCCAAUUAUUGUGGGAGUUUGAUAAUCCGGGCGCGAUAA